AUGCCGAAAUCAUCGAAAAAGUCGUCCAAAUGCAUGGACACCGCCACAGCCGCGGAUGAAGCCAGCUGGUACCGCAGUGAAGAUGACUGGCCUACCAUCCGAGAUUUCUGCAAAUCCUGGCAGGGCAACCGUGAUCUGGGGAUGGUGUCCGUUUUUGACCGAUCCCUCAAAAUGUGCAACGAAUGGGCCAACCAUGGACAUGCAGCCUAUGCGUAUGAUAUCUCUCACAAUGGUGUGAACAUGGACAUUUGCACAAGGGUCGGCUUCUACUUUCUCCUGUCCCUACUUCUUCGUAUGGCUCCAGGAAGUUUCAGCAUGUGGGCUCCACCUUGUUCCUUGUUUAUUUUCCUGACCUCAAGCCUACAUCGACGACACGUAUUCGGAGCUGCAGGCGAUGUGACGCAGUUUGCUGUCAGACUAUCAAACCUGAUCAGCAGCAAUUGCGCCAUGGCAUUGAAAGCGGCCUUGAAGUUUAGGCCGGAUUGUCACGUGGUGGUCGAACAACCUUCUGGAUCAUGGCUGUUUAAAGCCGAUGUGUGGAAGGAGAUCAUCCAAGGGUUUUGGUUGAAAAAGACUCUGACAUAUCAAGGCUUGUUUGGAGGACCUCUACCCAAACCAACUCAUUUGUUGCAUUCGUUUGCUGCGGAUGGCUUGUUUGCUCGUAAGUUGACCAAGAAAUUGCGAGAAUCCAAAAAGUUCAAAAAAGCUCAAAAGAUCUACUAUGUCAAGGAUCAGGCUGGCUCAGUGACAGGCACCAAGAUGUUGACCACACUUAGUGUUUACCCAAAGCGAUUCACAAGCGUGAUUUACAAGGCUUGGGUGGCCAACAGCCGUCAGCCCCUAGCAGCCUGA